CUGGCAUCAAUAAUACAUAUAAAUACUUUGUUUUUCCCUUUUUUAUGUCUUUCAUUUCCCAUGUUCAGAAACCAAACUUUGGACACAUGCUCUCUCUCUCUCUCAAGCAGUAGUAAUAAUUCUUAUGAGAAAGGUCUGCCUUUUUACCCAUCUGGAUUUUGCUGAAUUAAAUACACACACAUCUAUCUUCAUGUAGUACUUUUUUAUUUGGUCUUGUUCAGCUGUAUCCAUCACUUGCUUACAAACCUAUUUUUUCUUAAUUAAUUAAUUUCUCGAAUCUGGGCUCUCCAGAAAAUGACGCCUUAUUGGAAAUUCGCCAAAAAUAUAUGAACCCAAUUUGCCUCUUCAACUUCCCCUUUCUACUUCCAACCCUUCCAGGAGCUUCAAUUUGUUUUUUCUCUGAUUCUUUUGCAUAUGCCCUUUUAGCAUCAGCACUUAGAAUUAGGUAUUGUUUUUCCAGCUCCUGUUCAAUCAAGAAUCACCGCUGAUUUGGCUGAUCCGUAUGCAAUUUUGAAUGUGGUGUUAACUCGCACCUGAAAAAAUUAAUUGCCUUUUUUGGUUGUUAAGAACCAUAAAUGCAUUUGGGAUUUCUGUGUAAGUGAUGCGCAGUGAAGAAACAGCGGUGAGAAAUGGCAACUUUAGUCCCCGGGGUUUUGCUAAAGCUACUGCAGCACAUGAACACGGACGUGAAGGUCGCGGGGGAGCACCGCUCAUCGCUGCUGCAGGUCGUCAGCAUCGUCCCCGCGCUGGCCGCCGGCGAGCUCUUCCCGAAUCAAGGGUUUUACCUCAAGGUAUCCGACUCCUCACAUGCUACUUACGUGUCUUUGCCUGAUGAGCAUGAUGAUCUAAUUCUCAGUGAUAAGAUUCAAUUGGGUCAGUUUGUUCAUGUUGAGAGGCUUGAGGCCGCCUCCCCUGUGCCCAUCUUGAGAGGCGUUAGGCCGGUGCCAGGCCGCCACCCGUGUGUAGGGACCCCUGAGGAUAUAGUUGCCACCCACUCUUUAGGAUUCUUGAACAAUAAUGGCAAUCCGUCCCCUGCUUCUAGAGCAAUAGAUAAGAGCAGAUCAGGGUCGAAGUUGUUGGGCAAUGCCGGGGUGAGGGAUGGGAAAUCGAAUCCUUCGGGAUUGAAUGGUGGUUUGAAGGAGGAUAGGAAGGCUCCUGGGUUGACUCGAUCCAAGUCUCAGCUGUCGAAGCUGUCUUUGUCUGUGGAUGUGAAGAAGGAUUCUGUUGAGGGGAAGUUGAAGUCCUCGGGGUCAAGGUCGAUACCCUCAUCUCCAACUAGCUGUUACUCGCUGCCGACUUCCUUUGAGAAGUUCUCCAGUGGUGUUAGGAAUCAGGCGAAGAUCAAGGGGCUGGAGAGGUUGGAGAAGGCAAGUGGUGUUUCGGGGUCCAAGGAAAAGCCUAGCCCUCUUCGUGCCGGGAGUUCGACUGGGAAGAAGGUUUCUAGUGGAAACUUGAUGAAGAAUAUUGUUCAAGGACUUGAAUUGGGGCCGAAAGCAUUGAGAAAGAGCUGGGAAGGGAAUAUGGAUGCCAAGAAUAGGGAAAGCCCCAGAUUGAAAGUUAACAGGCAGGAAAUUAAGUCAGAAGUAAGAAGUAACUCUGCACCAAGAAAAUCAGUCAGUGAGAGAUUGCCGUCUAAAGAAGAUAGCAAGCCUUCAAAAUCUACCAGAGAUGAAAGCAAAGUUAAUGCAUCUGUUAAGAAGGCUUCCGGUUCCAUCAAUGGGGAUGCAGCUGAUAUUGUUAAGGCAUCUGCACGAACUUCUGUAGGAAAGAAGUUAUCUGGAGAAGUUGCUAGUAAUGGACUUCCAGGAAAUUUGGUCAAGGUUACUGUUAGUAAUCGGCGACUGACAGAUGCAAAUGUUUCGUGGGCCUCACUGCCAUCUUCUCUUGCAAAGCUUGGGAAGGAAGUCUUGAAGCACAGGGAUUCAGCACAGACGGCUGCUGUAGAAGCAAUGCAAGAGGCUUCAAUUGCCGAGACUCUACUUCGAUGCUUAAGCACAUAUUCUGAGUUGAGUUUGUCUGCAAAAGAAGAUAACCCACAGCCUGCAGUGGAGCAGUUCUUACAUCUGCAUGCACGGUUGAGCAAAGCGCACCUUGUUGCAGAUUCCUUAUCAAAAACUCUCUCUCCUGAUUCAGAUAACGAAGAAAGUCCGUCAGAAGAGGCAUUAAAGGUGACAUCAGACGGGCGAAAACAAGCUGCUUCUUGGGUUAAUGCUGCAUUAGCCACCAAUUUGGCUUCCUUCACAGUGUACAGCAAACCAGGCACCCUCAGCCUGGCUGCAUCAUCGACUCCCUCUCCAGUUUCAAAGACGAAUACAGGUAACCAACCCGUAAUAGUCCUUGAAAACUCUGCUAAGACUACAGCAGCUCCAAAAGUGCUCUCAAAACCCCGGCAGACAGCAAAUCCCAAGAACGCUUCAGUCGGAACACUACGCAAGCCGAAUGACGGGGUGGCUGUCGGUCAGAACAUGAGAAGUUCCCCUCCUCCGAUAGAGUGGGCUAAAGGAGAUGGCCUCGAUGAGGCUGCAGAGCUCUCUGAAAAGCUGCGGUUGGAGUCUCAAGAUUGGUUUUUGGGAUUCGUAGAGAGAUUCUUGGAUGCUGAUGUGGACACGUCAUCUCUGUCGGAUAAUGGUCAGAUAGCUGGAAUGCUGAGUCAGCUCAAGAGUGUGAAUGACUGGUUGGAUGAAAUAGGAUCAAGUAAGGAGGAGGAACCACCUCACAUACCCACAGAGACGAUCGAUCGGAUACGAAAGAAGAUAUAUGAGUAUCUCCUCACUCAUGUAGAGUCUGCAGCUGCGGCACUGGGUGGUAGCACACAGGGCUCUCCGACAAAAGAAGCAAAAGGAAGAAGGUGAUCUCAAAGAAACAAAAUAUGUGUAAUUCCUCAUAUACUACUGCCAAGCAGUUAAAGAAGAUGACACAUAUGAUAUUUGAUUGAUGUAUAUAAUUUUUAGCAAUGGGUUACAGAUCGAGCAAGGCAAGUCGAAGUGAAGCAGCCAUUGAUAUGAAAUUCAAGACUUGACCAUCCUCUUUUCUUUUUUUUCUUCUCUUUUUUGUCAUUUGUUGGUUUUAUUUUUUCUAAGGAAUUGUUUCUAAACAGUCUUUUACAGUGAAUUGGAAUUUGUGGGCCUUUUAAGAA